AAGCUUCAAAGAGAGAAGGGAGCACACAAGUUUUUUUGAUUGGACAAGGAAAAGAACACAAAAAAAGCCUAUCCACAUCCUCUUCUAUUACCAAUACCAACGAACGUUCCCCUUUCUCUCUGUCGGUUCCUCUUCCUUUUUUAUUUUAUACUACUAAAAGAUUUUGGAAUUUACAAAAAAGUUUUCAUUUUUAAUCUUCAUAAAAGAACGAACAGCUGCUCAAUCAAAAUUCACAGGCUUCGAUCUCGCUAAAGGCGAAACCUUUCGCUCCUUAUCUGAUUCCUCUCUUGAAACCCAGUUCAACUUCUCGAGGGUUUUGUUAAACAAGAUUGCAUCAAUCCAUGGACGUUGAUGAAAGGAGGAUUUCAUCUGGCUAUGCCAAGCCUCCUUGGAUUUUCAAAGGAAGUGCGUUGUACCAGAUUCAUCUUGUAAAAGCUGCGACAGCUCGAGCAUUCAUCCCCAAGGAGUUUCGACUAGUUGAAGCUUUUGGAUACACGCUUGGUGGGUUUUUCCUUGCUAGCUACGAUGAUAGCCCCGCUGGUGUCUUUGAUGAGCUUGUUGUAAUUGCAGGAAUAGUAUGGAACCCUCCUACAUCAUGCGCAUGGGCUGCGAGGGUUCUUGUGAACAGCGAUGAGGCUUGUCAUCAUGGACGUAAGGAAGUAGGACUCCCAAGCCAAGUUGCAAGAUUUUCAAAAAUCACUGCAGUUCCAAAGCGAAAAAGGAACAGAGCUUUUGGUUUCUUGGACACAUUUGGGUUGGGAACUACUCUGGCUCAUCCUGAGGAUUUGAUGGAGGUUAAAGUUAGUGAAGUUGAUGCUGCUGCUUCUGCAGAUAUCUGCAAUAUCCAAAUUAGAUCAGACGAGACUAAAGUCGGAAACUGGAUGGGACCUGCAAUCAAAAUGGCUCUCCCGAGUUUUAGUGGCAAUACUAAGUACUACUCGAACCUGCUCAAAUACUCAUGCCACCUCCACUGCAGGGUGAGGCCAGUGAGACCUGCGGUUGUAUCAGGAGCUUUGGAAGAUGAGACAGAAAUUUUGUCAGAAUGUAAACAGACAUCACAAGAGAUGCUUGAAAAUGAAAGGCGGUUAAGCAUAGCUGUGAUGCUAUCGAAACCAAUCAUAGCACUUCAGUUCAAAUGCUUAACAAUGCAAGUAGAAGCUCCUGUUGUAAUUCACCCUUCAAAGUAAACACAACACUCAAAUUCCAAGAACAUACAACUUCCUCCUUCCUACAAGAAUUCUUCAGGAAGAGGAUGACCGCCCAGGAACGCCUUGAAAAGCACGAGUGAUCUCUCAGGCUGUGAGAAUGGGACCUCGUGUGAAGCUCCUCGCACCGUUGCAAAUGACAAGACAUUCCCAUAGACUUGAGUCCACCCGCCAACCUAAAACACCAAGUGCAAUGUGUUAGUUUUGUUUUGAUCAUUCUUUUCGUACUAUUAGAGAAUGUUGCUUCUUUACCUGUUGUCCUGCAAACCAGACUCGAUAAGGCACACUUGUUCUCAGCCCCAAUUGUUUGGCCAA